AUAGCAACGUUCGAAAAUGAGAGGGAUACUUAACCCGUACAGUAGGUGGCGGCAUCCACCUCUAACGUAUGUUUGUGGACCACCAUAAUACCAUAGACGAAGAUUCGUUUGCUGCUUGUGUAUUCAGUUGGUGAUAGCUAUAUAACGGAGUAAUACCCGUUCCACACGGUCUAUUUCAAAGACCGUUGGCAGAUUUUUUCGAUCUUGUCUACUCAUCCACCACCGGCCUCGUCAUUGCAUCCUCAAAAAUGGCUGAUCCCAAAUACGCCAACUUGCCUGGAAUUGCAUCCAACGAGCCAGAUGUAUAUGAGACCAGCGACCUGCCAGAAGAUGACCAGGCACAGUUUGAGUCGGAGCUGGAAGAGUUGUGCAGUGACAGUGUGGAGAGGAUCGUGGUCAACCCUAAUGCAGCUUACGACAAGUUCAAGGACAAACUCGUCUGUACUAAAGGACUCGACUUCUCAGACUGUAUCAGUAAGAACAAAAGAGUGGGCUAUGAGUCUGGAGAAUAUGAGAUCUUGGCGGAGGGCUGUGGGGUGAAGGAAACCCCCCAGCAGAAGUACCAGCGGCUGGUCAAUGAGAUCCAGGAGCUCAGUCAUGAGGUGGAAACCAUCCAGGCGACCACGAAGGAUAGCAGUGCAGAGGAGCGUCUGACCCCAGUAGUCCUAGCCCAGCAAGCUGCCCAGCUCAAACAGCAGCUGGUCUCUGCCCACCUGGACACUCUGCUGGGACCACAGGCACAUAUCAACCUAGCUGACCCAGACAGAGCACUGGCCAAGCGUCUGCUAACCCAGCUGGAGGCAGCGAGGAGCAAUAGGGGGAGUACAGGGGAGGGGAAGGCCUCAGCAGCAGCUAAAGCUCCUGAUGGUGUGGUGCUCUAUGAGCUGCACAGCCGGCCAGAGCAGGAGAAGUUCACGGACGCUGCCAAGAUGGCAGAGCUGGAGAAGCGGCUUGCCGAGCUGGAGACUGCUGUGGGCUCUGGAUCAGACAAACAGGGUCCUCUGAGUGCUGGGGUGCAGGGAGGCAGUCUCAUGGACACCAUGGAGCUGCUGCAGGCGCGGGUCAGUGCUCUGGACUCAGCCACUCUGGACCAGAUAGAGGCCAGACUGCAGAGUGUCCUUGGGAAGAUGAAUGAGAUUGCAAAGCACAAGGCAGCCAUCGAAGAUGCUGAUACACAAAACAAGGUGUCUCAGCUGUAUGACGUGGUGCAGAAGUGGGACGCCAUGGCAACCGCUCUGCCUCAGGUGGUGCAGAGGCUCAUGGCUGUCAAAGAGUUGCAUGAACAAGCCAUGCAGUUUGGUCAGCUGCUGACCCACCUGGACACCACCCAGCAGAUGAUCAACAACUCUCUGAAGGACAACGGAACACUGCUCUCACAGGUGCAGACGACCAUGAAGGAGAAUCUCCUGUCGGUAGAAGAAAACUUUGCUGCCCUGGACCAGAGGAUGAAGAAGUUCAACAAAUAAAUCUGCUUAAUUUGAAAAACUGCUCUUGGUCAAGUUUGGAAAAUGUAGGAGAGGGAGAGAUUGGAGUCUUUUCCACUUCUCUCCCUGUCUGUCUUCAUCUCUUCCUCUGCCUUUUUUUCUGGAAGCCGGAAUGUUUGAUCAAGUGGAUUAUAAUAGAAAAUGGAGACCAAAUGUUCUUGUCUAUUCUCCCUUCCCGCCCUCUUUCUUUCCAAUUGAAACAUGUUAUAUUUGGUAUGCAAUGCAAUACGCCACCCACUAUACAGAAUCCCAUUGAAAUGUUUACUUUGGCUGAAAUGCAUUAUUAUUAUGGAGUGGUUGCGGGUCUGACCUUUUGGGGAUCUUUAGUCCAGAAAAGAUCACGUUCUGCGCAGGUGUAUAUUCUCCACUUUACGCACAGAACAGGCUACUCAGGCAGAUGAUGCUACUUUUAAUAGACAGAUUAAAGCUCAAUGUCUGCAAGAUCACGUAAUGAUCACAGUAUUCUACAUAACAGAACCUAAUAUAAUAGCAUAGUAUAACAUUACUGUAAAACAGAAACACUAUUCAAUAGUGAAGGAUCAUUCAAGUUUUACAGGUGAAACAUCCAUGCGGCAUAAUUCUGCAUAGUAACCAUUUGAUCUCCAUCAGUUUCAUGGUUAUAUGCAUUUAGGUAUUCUUGAGUUAUACAGUGUUUUGAAGUAGCCUGUUGUUUUGAAUGAUGCACGGUGAAUGAAUUUUAGAUCAGAUGGUGUUAACGGUAUUUUGUCUAGUGGCGCGCGCGGUUGAGUUUUGGCCGUGAGAGAAAUGCGAUGGUGUUUUUGUAUUACAGUAACGUUUUACUAUGUUUGAUUCUGUUAUGUAGAUUACUGUGAAUAUUAUGUGAUCUUGCAGACAUUGGUCUAAACUUUACUAAACAAGCACCAUUCGACCUGAGUAGCCUGUUCUCUACGAGUAAAGUAGAGAAUACAUGCGUAGAUCGUUAUAUUUUUUUAUUUAACCUUUAACUAGGCAAGUCGGUUAUUUACAAUGACGGCCAAACCCUAACGGCGCUGGGCCAUAUGCCCAGAAGCUUCAGCAAUUUUAUUUUCUGACUAAAGAUCGCUCCACAGCCUUAUUACGCCCACUAUAUACACACACAUCAAUUAAUAUUCACGUUCCCUUCAAAGCUUGAUUGCUUUUAGACUGAAAUGAUUCUCAAUGAAAAUGGAUCCAUAACCUUUCAACCUCUUCAGCCACACUGUUUAGGUAUUUUCAACAACAUUCAUUCAGCUAAGUCAAUUUAUUUUCCUGUUUGUGGCAGAGCCCUAUGUAAAGACAUGGCUCUGGUUUGAGAAGUGUUCAGCACAACAACAACAAAAAAAGGUGAAAUGGCAUGCUUAAGAAAGGACAUGUCUACAACUGCACAAAAACGAACCAUCGGCUGCAUCCCAAUUGUCCACUCUUCUGCCAAAUGUGCACUUGCACACUUCCCGUCACGGAUAUAGCAAUGGUGGAAACUUCCUCCAGCCAAUGCUUACACCAAUCCAAUGAUGGGAAGUGUGCAAGUGCACACUGGCAGAAGGGUGGAGAAUCGGGAUCUGCAUUGUCAUCCAUCUUCCUACUGGUGUAGCAGCAGGAGCACCUACAGUACCUGUGUGUGUUGGGGGCCUGAAGUCAUGAAGGAAUACUUGUAAAUAUACUUAUGUACUUAAUGUUUCAUGCUCAGUUGCUUGUAACUAUUGUAUUAUGACAGACUAAAAUACCACAGACAAACGAAUCUACUGUGUUGACUGUCAUUGCUUACGAUGGACUGUUUUGUACCUGAUCCAGUCUGGUGAUGGGAUAUCUGAAUAAAACAUGCUUUAACUACA